CCGUCUCCCGGGUAUAACUGAAAUUAGAGAUGAAUUUAGGUAACAACUCUGGGAGACAGGGUGAAAAUCCCUAGAUUCUUUGAGUCAAUACUUCUUCAAUACAAAUAAUUGAAGGCUCAAUUACCGCCUUUUAGCUUCGAUCCAUUAAUUGCCUUUGAAUCCCCUUGCUUUUCUUCUGAAUCGGUUUUGGGUGUUGGCAAACUUUUGAAGUUUCCAAUUCAAAUAAAACUGAGUGAGAUGCAGGACUCAACUACCAGGGCAUUUGAAAGCUCUUCUUCUUCCUCCGGAGAUGGGAACAAUGAUGCUGGUGAUUUUGAAUGCAACAUAUGUUUUGAAUUGGCCCAAGAUCCCAUUGUGACACUCUGUGGUCACCUUUACUGUUGGCCAUGCCUGUAUAGAUGGUUACGUCUUCACUCACAGUGCCAUGAAUGUCCUGUCUGUAAGGCACUUAUUCAAGAGGAGAAAUUAGUUCCACUUUAUGGAAGAGGAAGGACUUCUACUGAUCCCAGAUCAAAACCAAUCCCCAGCCUUGAAAUUCCUAAUAGACCUGCAGGACAACGACCUGAAACUGCUCCACGACCUGAACCAAAUCAUUUUCCUAAUCAUGGAUUUGGGCACAUGGGAGGAUUGUUUCCAACAGCAACUGCUAGAUUUGGUAACUUUACAAUGUCUGCUGGUUUUGGUGGAUUGCUUCCUUCAUUACUCAGCUUCCAGUUUCAUGGAAUUCCUGGUCCGACAGCAUAUCCUACCGCAUCAAAUCACCCUUUUGGAUAUACUCCUGCAUAUCAUGGGCCACAUGUUCGCAAUGCUCAAGACACAGCCCAAGGACAAUCAGAUAGCAAUCUCAAGUUAAUGUUCUUACUUGUUGGUUUUCUUGUGCUCAUUUAUUUGUUAGGCUAAAGAAUGGAUUCAGUCUAUCCCUGAUGCUAAUGUUGGCUGUCAGAUUUUGUGCAUGUGGAUAUGUCAAUUCUACACUCACCUUGAAGUUACUACUAACUUUGGCGAUUU